AAAAUUUUGAAAGUACAGAUGACUCUCAUCUCUCCUUUCCUCAGCCACGCCAAUCUCCAGAGACAGUAGUAUUUGGAACAUUUGGGAGAAGAUGCAAAGAUGGUGUUCCAAGCUCCGAUCCUUAGCCGCUCUGCAUUCAACCCAUCAAAACCCCUAUGUUUUACCGCACCCUCCUCUUCACUCUUCUCCUCACCUCUUUCAAAAAUCCAUUUUUUAUUCCGUACUUCCUUCCAACUUUAAGCAUAUUCCCUAUGGCUCCAUUUCAGCUCCUCCACCUCCACUCUUUGCUCACUCUUCUCACCACCCUGCAUCCUUCAUGCAAGUGAGGCAUAUUACUGCAAAACAAAGGAAAAGGAAGUUGAAGAGUAGGAAACCAAUGACUCCAGUCGUAUCUAAAGUGAAGAAAAUAAAAAUCAAGGGCUAUUCGUCUUUUAAACGCAGGUUUAGAGUGAUGAAAGAUGGUCAAAUAAGGCGUUGGAAAGAAGGGAAACUGCAUAAUGCCCAUUCAAAGUCCAAGAGUGCUAAACGUAGGCUGAGGAAACCUGGUACGGUCCCUUUGGCUUACGCAAAAGUGAUGAAGAAGCUCAACUUUUCUGGUUGAAUAAUCUGGAUUAUCAUUCUAUGCUGCCUCCAGUUUGGCAGCUUUUCUUGCAGUCCUUGUUCGUUCCCAUUUUUAACUGUGUAGGGAAAACAUGCUUGUUUACUCAAUUUGAGCAAAGUGAUAACUUCUUUUCAGAAAUUGUUCUGGAAUUGCAGGACCCAUUAGAAUGGAUGUAUACUACAAAACAAUGGUCUGUAGUUCUGUUACAUGAGUAAUCAUUUAUUUUGCUUCAUCAUCAAUAACCCAAAUGAGAAUUGCCAGGCCCAAUCCUGUCUGGUUGAUGCCACAUCACCCCUUAUUAGCACUGGUAAUGUGUCAUUUAUGUAAUUUUAUAAUGUUUUGUUUGCUGGUUAAUAUUUUCCCACGUAAUCAUAAUUAUUAGCUUUCCGGUGGACUUUAUUGACAGGGUAAUGUUAUUACUCUUAUUGGCUUAAAAUGCUUUUAAAAGGCAAACACAUUGCCUUUUGUUUCAGGUUCAUCCGUUCAUGUGAUUUUUUGUUUUUCAUAGUUAUAACUUAUAUUGUUUAUCGUUUUAGUCCCUUUCUGACAUUUUGUCAAUCUCCCUUUGCAAAAAACUAAUGUGAUUACAAAACUUCAAUCUUAGUUUUUCGUAUCAUUUUCUUAUUUUAAAAAUACUUGAUAUUUUAUUUCUGGCUUAAUACACAAAAAAGUAGUGUCUGAUAGCAGCAACACAAUCAAUCUAUUGUAUUUGUAAUUCUCAGAUGUUAUGUGUCGUUUUAGAAUCUGUCUAAUUACGUGUAUUAAGAUGUGUCUAGGGAUAUGCUCUACAUUUAGAGGUACAUAUAGAGGUAGACAUAAAAAUGGGUUCCCCAAGAAAAUGGUAGGCAUAAAGUGGUCAAUUAUCUAAUAUUAGAUUAGACAAUUGUGAAAUACUUACAAUUUAAAAUGAUUGAUAUAUUUAAAGUGUCCAAAAGUUGCUUCUCUCAAAGAGGUGUAGGAAUUUCCGGGCUUCACCAAAUAGGAACUGGGACCGAAUUGGGAUCGAGACCGGGACACCGGGUCCAUGCCCACUGGGAAAUACAGAGUAUUGACUAUUUUUCCAACAGGAUCAAUAACCUCUGACAAGUUCAGUCGUUCAAAGGCUUGGUUUGGUGGUUCAGAAUGAGCUUGCAUGAUAGUCAAGGGCACACUUGUCGGUCGUCACCAAUGGAGUCGGAGGUUGUGGGUCCAUAGAACCCAUAAUUUGAGCGUAAUAUGAAUUUUGUAAAAUAAAGAAACAAUAUCAACUAUACAAUACAUAUUGUAUUGUGGUACCCCAAUAAAAUAAGUAAAACAUUCAUUUAUUACAGAUGAGUGUGAGCUUGUGAAUAUAAAUA